UUGGCAGCUCACGUGUUGUGAUCAACUUGACUUGGAUACUAAAUAUAUUUCUACCUCAACGUGUAUAAUGUGUUUACAGUUUCUGUGUUGUCAGUACAUUGUCCAAGUGUUUACCUUGCUCUCUGUAUUACACUGAAUUCUACUUGGAUAGCUGAUUCUGAUUAAGUGAAAUAAGCUUUUUGGAUUACAAAAUCUUGUUUUAGCUUUGGAAUGUAACAGCUAGAGUGUCCUGGAAUUUGCUUAGUAAAAACCUUAGCAGACGGAUGGCUUCUUGUCUGACGUGACAGAUAAUCUAGUCAGAGUAACGUAUUCGGUUACCGCCAUUGAUCUGUGUGGACCUCUACAAGAACCAGUCUGCCUAAAGGACGUACCUAAACUCACUUAAUAGACUUGAUUAAAACGUCAUGACGUCUCUCAUCAUCACGUGACAUCCCUGGGUCAGGUUAGCCACUGAUCCGUCCUCAACGCUCGUUACUUAUCCCACUCAGUGAAUACAUUAUAAGCUGUACUGUUGAGACGCAAUCUCUAGAGAGCCCUUGAGAAGGCUGGUAGAUGGAUACUGUCUAAAUUUUGUCAACAUGUGUUUCUGAAUGUGUAUUCUGAAUAAUUUCCAAACAGUCUAGCUUUGUGAAGCAACCAUUUUGUUCCUACUUGGAUCAUUAUUGAUUUUCUUUUGGGAAUUUCCAUUGGAUAAACUUUGACUCGUCCUAACUUUGUGUCACUAUAAGAUACAUUUAAAAUCCUUGUAAUUUUGUGCUUCUAAUAUUGGAUAUUUAUUAAAUUCUUACACCUGUGUACUUUACAACAGGACAAAUAUUAAAUCCUUAAAGUAUUGAGCAUUCACAAAAGGAAUAAAAUAUCCAAUCCCUUCAAAUGGGUGGCAGUCCCACUUGGAGAACUCUUCAAUUCUUAUGGAUCGUAUAGAAGCAAUCGGAUAACAAGCAGUACGUUUACUUUUUCAACAGUUCACAUUUUCUUUGCAUGUUUUAUUUCAACAUUGGAUUAAAAAAAAAGGUCAUUCCUGUGUAUAUUGGAUAUAACACAUCUGUAAUGUGCUGAGGACCGUAGAGCAUACAUUAACUUCAUAAUGUGCUGUGUAAGUGAUUUAGUGUUCUUAUGUCUGCGUGCUGGUCAAAGGGUUGACCAACACGAUGGAUAACAGACUGGCCUCGGUCAGCUCCCGUUCCAGCCUCAGUGAGGAUCUCGGCUUUACCAAGCGACAAGCUGAAUGUGUUGUUAGGAAGUACUACCUUAGCUUCGCCCUCAUCAUGUUUGUGAUUGCUGCAGCUGUGGUCGUGAUAUGUGUGUCCACGUCGUCCAAAGUGGUCAACAGCACAGUUUUCAAGACCAAAUGUCCACCGGACACCUACCCGUGUGCCUCUGACGGCACUUGCAUUAACUUUACCUUGUUCUGUGACAAGGUCAAACACUGCAAGGACGGCUCAGACGAGGCUUCAAGCUGUGACAAAAAUCUGAUCAACAUCUAUGAUAAAAUUUUCCCAGAGAAACAGGAAAAAGGCAAACGUCCACAAUCUGACCAAUGUGAACUGGAACAGAACUACCCAAGGGAUGUGUGCCAGUGCUCACAGAAGACAGAGCUAUGCUGUCGCUUCAAAAACAUGACCAUGUUUUCUUUGGCGUCUUAUUCCAAUGUCACUGCCAUUGAUCUAACAGGAAACAGGAUAACGGAAAUGUCAGCAGUACCGCUGCAUCUGAUGCCUAGGUUACAGAAACUCAUUCUCCUGAGUAAUGGAAUCUCUCAGCUCAGGAAAGGUGAUCUGGUCUACGUCCACUCCUUGACUGACCUACGGAUCAAACAAAACCUGAUCACAUCAAUAGAGAACGACACUUUCAAGAAUGCACAGAAACUGGACAGCCUGUACUUGGGCUCAAACAGAAUCUCCAUAGUUGAAGCUCGAAGUUUUCAUGGACUGAAGGAGUUGACAUUGUUAGAUCUGAGUGAGAAUCUUAUAUCGGAUCUUAACAUUGAGCUCUUCAAAGAUCUGGGAAAGUUGGAGACUCUACUUCUGUCAGACAACAAGCUAAAGAUCUUGCAGAAUGGGAUAUUUGAUUCAUUGGCCAAUCUGAUCUCAAUAACAUUAAAUAACAAUGAAAUUGCCUACAUAGAACCACAGUCUUUUAAAUACAUGGUCAACGUUCAAUCAUUGGAGCUGCGCUUUAACAGACUCCAUGCUAUUGAGAAUGGAACAUUUAUUAACAUGCAUCGUCUUACAUAUGUGUAUUUUGACAAGUUUUAUAUGUGCCUACAUGCCAGUCAUGCCCAAACGUGCCUGCCUAAUGGUGAUGGUAUCAGCAGCAAGGAGAACUUAUUGGAAAGCGUCAUCCUGAGAGUCAGCGUCUGGAUCGUUGGACUAUUUGCCUGUGGGGGCAACUUACUGGUGCUUCUGGGGAGGUUCUUUACCAAGGAGGACAACCGCAUCCAUUCUUUCUUCAUCAAAAAUCUCAGCAUGGCCGACCUGUUGAUGGGGUUGUACCUCCUGAUCAUAGCCGUCCACGACAUCAAGUACAGGGGCGAGUACAUUUAUUACGAUGAGAUCUGGAGAAACAGCUGGGAGUGCGACUUCUCCGGGAUGUUGUCCACGCUCAGCACGGAGAUGUCCGUCUUGACUCUUUCUGUCAUCACCAUGGACCGCUACAUCAGCAUCAUGUACCCGCUGUCCUUCAGGAAGCGUGGUCUCAAGCUUUCCUACUGCAUAAUGGCCUUUACCUGGGCCAUCUGCAUCUUUUUGGCCACCUUACCCUUGAUGGGACUGGAUUAUUUUGGGGAGACCUUCUACAGAGACAAUGCUGUGUGCGUCCCUCUGCACCUCCACGACCCCAGGGUUCAAGGCUGGGAGUUCUCUUCUUUUCUGUUUCUUGGGAUUAACUUUGGAUCUUUUGGCUUUAUAGCCUACGCCUAUGUUGCCAUGUUCUACGCCAUACACCUAAGCGCUCUGCCCCUGAGGACCUCACGUGAAUCGAAGGAGAGAUUCUUGGUGAAGCGUUUCUUUUUCAUUGUCAUUACAGACUUUCUAUGUUGGGUCCCCAUCAUCAUCAUCAAGAUCUUAGCUCUUGGAGGAGUGGAGAUCUCAGAAGAUCUGUAUGCCUGGGUCAUCGUAUUCAUCCUCCCAGUGAAUUCAGCGCUCAACCCAAUGCUCUACACCCUAACCACCAAAUUGUUUAAGAAGAAACUAUUUUCUAAGUUCACAUCAGUUGUAUUCAGACCUAGUCCAGUUUCAGACAAAGAUUCUAUCCAAUCCAGAUCAAGUUUAAAAAAUAGUGGACAAUCUCUUGGGAGACAGAUGCAGUAUUGUGAGCUGGGAUUACUAAAAAGGUACUACCCACAAACGUCCACUAGAAAGCUGACCAAUGUUUACGUGACCAAUGGUAGAAUGAACGGACACCGAAUGGAGGUCAUGUGUGCUCCACGUGACAUGUCCAACGGCAACUCCGCCAACAAGAGAUACACCAACACCACACUCUUAACAUGAGACACAGCACGAGAAAUGAGCUCACACUUAAGAAGCGAAGAGAGACCCUGUUAAGUCAACAAACUCGUUGAGGAUGAGACAGAGGGCUGUUGGAACGAUUUGUGGACAAAGUCAUUGAGAUCAAAUCACCAACAACGCUAAUAUCUCUGUCUUCAUCUUUUACUUGUCCAGCCGAUGCGUCCAUAGUGAUGCACGUUGUACUUAGUGGCGUCCUCAGACAAUCAGGUCGUUUUGGUGCUCUCUUUAAGAAUCAUGUCAUUACCAGAUGACAUACUCAUGGCCGGAUCACAUUUUGUAAGACUUCGGUGGAUUCGAUGCUGAAACUGAAUUUUUCUACCAUACAGUAAUACUAUCAAUGGUGACCAUUAUAUUUUGUAAGAUUAUUCUACAUUUACACCGUGGUAAUAUUUAUCAUUUUGUACGUAUAACAAAUGAAAAUAGAAUUUCAUCAAUGUGCUUUCAUUUUACAAGCUCACUGAAAACUGGAGAUAACUCUGCGUUUGCCUCAUAUUAUCUCAUUAUCUCCUUUUUCAAGAAAACCUUCGCGCGUGAAACUCAGCUAGUUUUGAAACAUUUACAUUUAUCUUGCAGCUCUGCUUGAUGUAAAAAAAACAACAAAAAAAAAAACCUCUUGAUACUUUAAAUGGAUACCUACAACAAUAAAGUAUGUGGACAAAACAGAAACUAGUUCAUGACAGUCACAUAAAAAAACAUUCAAGUCUAAAAAGGACAGCAUGGGACAUCAACAUGUCAUAGUAAGAACAUCAGCAUGUCAUAGUAAGAACAUCAACAUGUCAUAGUAAGAACAUCAACAUGUCAUAGUAAGAACAUCAACAUGUCAUAGUAAGAACAUCAACAUGUCAUAGUAAGAACAUCAACAUGUCAUAGUAAGAACAUCAACAUGUCAUAGUAAGAACAUCAACAGACAAAUCUCUACUUCUGAUGCAGGCAGCAUGUUCAGUAGUGUAAGCUUAUAACGCCACACAGCAAACAUAUAGAAGGGGGGACAUACAUCUAUGGGAUUAUGUUGUUGUGCUCAGAGAUGAAACUGUGUUAAAUGUGUCAUUGUUCCCAUACAUUCGCAUUUUUAUGUGAUCAUCAUUGUUAAUAAUUUGUAUUUGCGUCUCUACUUUUUAAAAGCUUUUGUUUUGAAAUAACAUUAAGACAUGAAUUAAGUUAACAAUAAAUAAAAUGGAUGAGAUAUAAAAUGGCAUUCUUUAAUUCUUUGUGCAUAAAUUACAUUAUGAUGUGAAAAGAAGGAAGAAUACUGAUUUAAAAUGUACAGAUUCAUUGUUAAAAUCAAUUUAUAUAUAUACAUUCACCUUCACAGUCACCUACACUUUAGUCUGUUGGACCGUUGGGGCAUCACACAAGAUCUGUCAAAUAUCUUUCUCCAUUCCUCUCUGCCCUUUGCAUUUGAUAGAACUCCAUUCACUAACACGCCUAUCCAUUCUUUCAUGUUUCAUAGCUUUCUGUCUUCUUCUUUUUCCUAGUACUCUUCCUUGAAGUAAUGUCUUUGCGAGCCCGGAGGACAUUAUGAUAUGGCUAUAGAAUUUGAGUUUACGUUUUUGACAGUGGUUAGCAGGUCAUCGUGGGGUCAAUGUGUUGUAUCAAUCCUGUUUCUAAUCUCUUCAUUCAUGGUGCUGUCUUUGUAAUUGACACCUAAGAUCUUUCUGUUGCAUCAUAGCUCCAUUGUUAGGAUUCUCCUCUCUAGUUCUGCAGUCAGCGUCCAAGAUUCGCAUGCACAGAAGAAUGUGGCCGUGACCAGGGAGCGCAUCAGUCUGAUUUUAAUGUCAAGGUAUAUGCCUUUGUCUGUUCAUAUUGUUUUAAGUUUUGCAAGAGCUGCUGUAGACUGUGCAAGUUGGGCGCCAGUAGUUCAAGUUUGGUUCCUCAUCUAAGACAAUAGCCCUAAGGUAUUUAUUUAAAUUUUAAAAAGAAAAGAACUUCAUUUUUUAAAUAGAAUUAGAAACACUUUGUAUUGGCCUAAUGGAAAAAUAAAAUCUCUGUUAGUUUUGUCAAGAUUACUUAAAAUGAAACCCUUUCAAAGUUAAAAGACUUUAUUGGAGAAUGAUUAGGCAAUGAGUCUGUGUGCUGGCUACAAUUUAUCAAUGACUAGAAGAAAAAGUUGAUACAACUUUAAAAGAAAUGUCAACCAAUUAGUGUCUUGAAUCACUUGUGUAUGCUUAGUAAUUAGCAAUAUAUUGGUUGCAAAUGUGUUUAUCUUUAGGAUCAGGUUGAAUUUAAAGCUUUUUAAAAAGUAUAAACAGAGAUAUGUGACUAGAUUAUGUUUACAUUCGACUAUGAUUAUGUUGACAUUUGACUAUGAUUAUGUUGACAUUCGUCUCAUAGACGUUUCUUUUCAUUUAAUUUGAUCCCCCGUGAUAUGACAUUUUAAUAAGUCAUUAUGAAAUGUACUUUUUUUAACAAUAACAUCUUUAGUUUCAAUGUGUAUGACUAUUUCUUACAAGAAUUUGUGGAUUUUACAUGUUCAUGAUUUAUAAUAAACAAGAUUACAAAGAGAGUUUGUGUUACACAAACUCAGAGGCGGCCCCCGUCGAAGUCGGAUCCCUGUCGGAUCUGCAUAUUCGCAAAUAAUAUUCAAGAGGUGAUUUAAUUUUGAUGUAAAAUGUUUUACACGUUUCGGAUGUUCCUUCAGAGUUGAAGAUAAUUACUUCCUAGUCCAAACCUCCCGCAGGACGACGGGGGGUGGGAGCGGGCAGGGUUUGAACCCUGGGCCAUCCAUAAAUCUGAACGACAGUCCAGCGCGCAAACCGCACGACCAGGCAGCCAUCCGAUGGUCAAAAGUAAUAAUGUUUCAAAGAUUCAUUUGCCGUAAAUUUAAAUUUAAAUUUAAUUAAAAAAAUAGUAGAUUAGUUUUAGUAUAUUAAAACAUUACAAUAUUGAUCAAAACGUUUGGAAAUGAAAAUCUACACUUUUUUUUUACACUUUAAGUUUAGAAAUUGAAAUUCUACAUCUUAAUCUAAUCUAUUUUAGUCUAAACUAGAUCUAGAAAUUUUAGAUCUAGACUCUAAAAUAAUUUUAAUUAGAAUAUAAAUCCAGAUCUAGAUAUACUGUAAUAAAAAUCUAGAUCUAGUUUAAACAAUCUAGAUUAGAUCUAAAUCAAGAUAUCAUUCCUUUUUUAAACGCGAGUCACAUAACGAGGCUUAAUAAACAUUACUAUACCGAGUUCUUUUUUCAUUUCAUUUGAAGAAUUAAUUCCAUAUAACGUCAGAGGGAAAAAAAAAACACUACGUCACACGGCCUAGCUAGACUAAAAAUCGCCUUCAUCUAUAAGAGCCAUUUAUCGAGUGUUCAUAGACUUUGGUGCACCGAGUGCGUUCUUUAAGCAUUUCAUUUAAAGAAUUCAUUCCAUAUGACGUCAAAGGAAAAAAAACACUACGUCACAAGGCCUAGCUAGACUAAAAAUCACCUUUAUCAACACGAGCCAUUUCUCGAGUGUUCAUAGACAUUGGUGCACCGAGUGCGUUCUUUUAGCAUUUCAUUUAAAGAAUUCAUUCCAUAUGACGUCAAAGGAAAAAAACACUACGUCACAAGGCCUAGCUAGACUAAAAAUCACCUUUAUCAACACGAGCCAUUUCUCGAGUGUUCAUAGACAUUGGUGCACCGAGUGCGUUCUUUAAGCAUUUCAUUUAAAGAAUUCAUUCCAUGUGACGUCAAAGGAAAAAAAAACACUACGUCACACGGCUUAGUUAGACUAAAAUAUGUUUUCAUUAAUACAAGCAAUUUUUUCGAGGGUUAUUAGAACAUUGGUGCACCGAGUGCGUUCUUUUAACAUUACAUUUAAAGAGUCCAUUCAUAUGACGUCAAAGAAAAAAAAUUCCAUUACCUCACAAUAGGCUAGUACCGGUACCAUAAAAAAAAAAUGUCUUUAUUUACACGAGAUAUUUAACGAGGGUUCAUAGACAUUGGUGCACUGAGUUCUAAUAGAUAUUAUUUAAAAAGGAUCAAAGCCACAUUGUUUUUGCGUUUUGUCUGUCAGUCGGUCUGUCCGUUAUCUUGAUAUAAAAAAAACAACUAAAAGUUAUAAAAAAUUGAUUAACCUUUAUUUUACGUUUCAAAACAUCGCAAUAAUUUUUAGGUAUGAACACAAUUGAAAAGUUUAUAUAAUAGAUUGUUCCGGAUGUUUGUAUAAAUAGUAAAAGAAAAAGAGAAUUUCAGAUAAAUGUAAUACCGUUAAUUAAAUUUUUUGGAUGGUCUCGUAUAAAAAUUAGAUGUACUACAGCCACGUGGAGAGAUUUUCAUACCUUACUUUGGUGUUUGGAUUCUGUUUUCCUUAAAAAUCGGAACAUAAUAUUAACGAUAAUUAGAUUUUUUAAUGUUUUAGGUAGAAAGUUAAAUGUACUGUAAGAGAGUAGUGAGUUAAAAUAUUUUUUAUAAAAAUCCGUAAAAACAUUAUUUCGUAAAUGAGAAGAUUAUUUGUUUAUUAAUUAGAAGAGGGAGUUCAAACAAUUAUUUGGCGUUAGUAGAUUUUUAAAUAAAUUCGGAAAUUUCUGGCGACGAUUUGUAAGAAACAAAAUCCGGAACUUUCUUUAUCGAUUACAAAACUUCUAUGUUAUGUUUUACAAGAAAAUUAAAUGUCUAAAAAGUAAUUUUCAGUAAUCAAUUCUAGUAAAUUACUUUUUUUAAAAGCCUUAUGCGAUUUCAAACAAUCAUUAGGCAUAAUUCAUGUUUUAUAAAACAAUAUCCGGAACAUUUUUACACUUAAUGAAAUAUAAGUCAGUAUAGAGAUUAUGAUUUAGCAUUAAUAUGCUAUUUACAUAAAAAACGGAGCAACAUAUUAUUGAUAAUGUGUUUUUGCAACGUUUAAGCAUGGAAAUUGAAUGUAAUAUAAGUUAGAAGAGCAAACAAACAUUUGUUGGCGUUGAUUAGUUUUGCACAAAAAAAUCCGGAACAAUCAAUUUUAGAUACUUAAAACUAUUGAGAUGUUAUCGGAGGAACAUUAAAGGGUAAAUCAGAUUUUCAAUAGCUUUUAGAGUUCUAGUUUUUUAAAUCUAAUCGUGACGGACAGACCGACCAACAGACAAAACGCACAAAAAUAAGCUUCUUUUAUUCGGAUGGGGGCACUAAACAAAAAAUAAAUAAAAUCUGAUUUUUAAAAAAAGUUUAAGGAAUUGGUUUAGCACCUGAUCAUGUUGCGACGUUACGCUACUGCACGAAAAUCGCUGCAUAAAAAGUCCAUUUAAAAAAAUGUGCGUGAUAUUUACAUACAAAGUGCAUUAUUAGCCUUUAUAAACAAACAGAAAUGUUUUCUUUUAAUUUUAGCAGCUAGUUGACCAGAAAAAACAUCUUUAACUAUUAUUUGUAUUUGUUGUAAACAUUUCCUGUACAUUUUAAAAAUAUAUUUGACUUAGUGAUACUGAAAAUACACAAAAAUUAUCCAUCUUUGUUAGCUUAUUGUAACAUUGCCUCCCUUACAUUUACGUAAUUGUUUUAGAAUUGGUGUAUUUUUAUGAAAAAAUCGCUUGCAUGAUUAAUUUUAUAAAUUAAACGGUUUGCUUUUAGAAAACCAAAAGUAGCCGUUGCACCUAAACUUUUCAAGCCGGAUUUAAUGAUGAAAUAAUAUUUUUCAUAUCUCUUCUAGUUUUCGAGAUCUGAGUGUGACAGACGGACAGACGGACAGACGGACAUUUUGCACAAACCUAAUAGCGGCUUUUUCCCCUCACGGGGGCCGCUAAAAAACUACAAUCCUAAAUCUAAGAUACCCGGCGACAAA